CUACACGAGAACCAAUAAUAUCUGUAAAAACUGGAGUCUUCCUGGACCACAUGUGACAGAAUACCAAGUCGAGAACGCAAAACUUCUUGUUGUCUGUUAGUACAUGAAGAAUCAUGAAUGAGAGAAGGACCAAGAUGUUCUUGCUCGGAUUUUUGCUGAUUCUUGCAGUGCAACCAGCUCUGACUGCUGUCUUUGGAGCUGAUACAUACAGUCGAUACGACUUCCCACCCGGAUUCGUGUUUGGUUCAGGCACAUCGGCUUACCAGGUUGAAGGGGCAGCAAAUGAAGAUGGAAGGACGCCCAGUGUCUGGGACACCUUCACCCAUGCAGGUUUUGCAAAUGGAGCAACUGGAGAUGUAGCUUGUGACGGGUAUCACAAAUACAAGGAAGAUGUUCAACUCAUGGUAGAGACAGGCUUAGAUGCCUACAAGUUCUCAAUUUCAUGGUCAAGACUCAUCCCACAUGGCCGAGGACCAGUGAAUCCAAAGGGUUUGCAGUAUUACAAUAACCUCAUUGACGAACUUAUUAAGAACGGUAUCCAACCGCACGUCACUUUAUACCAUUUCGACUUGCCGCAGGAGCUCGAGGACGAGUAUGGAAGCUGGCUUAGUCGUAAAAUCAUAGAAGAUUUCACGGCCUAUGCGGACGUAUGCUUCAGGGAGUUUGGCGACCGUGUUCGGUAUUGGUCUACUGUGAACGAGCCUAACAUUUAUGCCAUUGGAGGAUACGACCAAGGGAUCGUGCCGCCUAAACGGUGCUCUCCUCCGUUCGGAUUCAACUGCACCAAAGGCAACUCCUCAUCCGAGCCGUAUCUCGUAGUUCAUAACGCCUUGUUAGCGCAUGCAUCGGUUGCAAAACUAUAUAGAGAGAAAUAUAAGGUGAAGCAGCAGGGUUUUAUAGGUCUCAGCAUCUAUGGUUUUGGGAUUUAUCCCUUCACGAACUCGACAGAGGACCUUAUUGCCGCACAGCGAGCCAAAGAUUUCUUCGUCGGCUGGUUGUUGCAUCCUCUGAUAUAUGGAGAUUACCCAAGAGUGAUGAAGCAAAACGUGGGGUCUCGACUCCCGGCCUUCACUCCUCUCGAAUCGAAACAAGUGAAGGGUUCGGCUGACUUUCUGGGACUGAUAUAUUAUACUUCCAUUACUGUCAAAGACAAGUCCAGCAGCCUGGAUGGAGAACCCAGAGACUUCAACCGAGACAUGGCUGUGGAAUUAAUCAGGCCAGUCAGUAUUGACUCACUGAUGUUUUCCUUCACGGCAGAUAAUGUAAACACGUCCCAGUAUUACGAGAUACCGAUCAUGCCGGAGGGUCUUCAGCAAGUGCUCGAGUACUUCAAGCAAGUCUAUGGCAACCCUCCUCUCCUCAUAUAUGAAAAUGGGCAGCAGACUCGGCGGAAUACAACUUUGCAAGACACAGAACGGAUUAGCUACAUUCACGCGCAUAUCGGAGUGGUGCUCGACUCAGUGAGGAAUGGGUCGAACACAAUAGGCUACUUCACCUGGUCCUUCCUGGACGUGCUCGAGCUACUGGACGGCUACGAGUCGAGUUUCGGCCACUACUACGUUGAUCUGGACGACCCGGAAUUGAAGCGAUACCCGAAGCUGUCGGCGAAUUGGUAUGCCCGGUUCUUGAGGGGGAAAAGCGUCGGUCCUGAACCUGGUGCUCUCAUCGAAAUCGGGAACAACCCAUCUACUGCCAACAGCAAGUGAAAGCAAAAGCUAGUCAGUCGUCGCGGCUCAGGGAGCUUGAUGUUAUUUCGUCACACUGGACAGACUUGUGAUCUAUAUUAUGUUUGGUUGGACUUCUUCUCGCCUAAGUCAUAUCGGUGAUGUAUGGAUAUGUUCAAUAAUCAUAUAUUUGAAGCAAAAGUUUCGAAGAA